AUGAAUGGUGAACAAGAGAGUGACUUCCAUCCUCUUGAGACACUUAUACGUUACUCUACUGAUGAUUUAGAUAUACGAGGGGCUAAUAACGGCUUAUCAAAGGUUAAUGGAGAAGAUAUAAUUGAAAGGGUAAUUAUUGAAGAACAAGAUCCAGCAGAAUUGUAUCUUUAUGAUCAACCACAUUCCACUAGUGUAAAACAAUAUAGUAAUGUAUUAGCAGAUCAUGCUAAGAAAUAUGGAAAUUUGAAAAUAGAAGAUAAUAAUUAUAAAAUUGGUGAAUCUAUGGAUAGAAAAGUUGCAUCCUCCACAGAGGAUACCGAUUUAUUGAAAGACACUACUACUGAUGACCAAGCAUUUGGUGAGCUCUUACAAAAACAAACUCAAUCGUUAACUGCAAGAGAAGAAUCUGCAGACAUUUCAAACACAAAAUUAGACUUAAAAGAAGGAUCGUAUUUUGAAACCAGUUUGGAUUCUGGAUUUGGUAUGACCAAUAGUGAUAAUGCUACCGCCACCACCAGCACCACCGCAACAACAACAACAACAACAACAACAACAACAACUGCAACUGCAGUAACAGAAAGCACAACUACUAGUAAUAACAGCAAUAUAGUUUCUAGUAUCACUAAUGGUAACCAAGGAGAGGAAUCAACAGAACAGCCCUUCUAUGUAAAUGCAAAGCAGUAUUAUAGAAUACUGAAAAGACGAUAUGCUAGAGCAAAAUUGGAAGAAAAUCUGAAAAUAUCAAGAGAAAGAAAACCUUAUCUGCAUGAAUCAAGACAUAAACAUGCAAUGAGAAGGCCUAGGGGUCAAGGUGGUAGGUUCCUUACAGCUAGUGAAAUUGCUGCAAUGAAGGAAAAGGAAAAAGCUAAUGGAACCUCUACUGACACUGUAGAAUCAUCAUCUACUUGA